GGGCAACUAAAGUCAAGUCGAUGGUCAGUUUCGGGGUAUUGUACCCUAAGAAUGUAUUGACAAGUGCAAUCUAGCCCGAAACCACCAAGCUCAGUUAAGACAUGAGACCAAGGCACAAUGCGAGAAAUCCUCACACUCCAGUUUGGUCAGCGAAGUAAUUAUCUUGCUACUCACUUCUGGAACACCCAGGAAUCUUACUUCACAUACUCGGACGAUCAAGAGCCUCCUGUCGACCACGAUGUCCAUUUUCGCGCUGGCCUUGGGGCCGACAACUCGGAAACAUUUACUCCCAGGACGGUGAUAUACGACUUGAAAGGUGGAUUUGGUUCAUUACGCAAGUACAACGCCUUGUACCAGAUAGAACCAGAUCCAGCUGAGGCCCAAGGGUCAUGGGAUGGGUCUACGACUCGACAGCAACUACCAAUAAUCGAGACAUCGCAGUAUCAGACAAAUCUCGAUCUGGGUCUCCCCAAUCAGCAAUUGCAGGAGACCGAUGUCAGAUAUUGGUCGGACUUCAACCGCGUCUACUUCCACCCGCGCUCCAUCGUCCAGUUGAACGAAUAUGAACUCCAGUCGCAGCUUAUGCCUUUUGAAAAGUGGUCUUCUGGAGAAGAGCUCUUUGAAAACCUAGAUCGAGAAUUUGAUCUCAUUGAUCGGGAUGUUCGACCAUUUGUCGAAGAAGCCGACCAUAUGCAGGGUUUCCAAAUAUUUUCUGGGAUUGACGAUGCAUGGGGAGGGUUCGCGGGACGAUAUUUGGAUGCGCUUCGAGAUGAGUAUGGGAAGACGAGCAUUUGGGUUUGGGGAAUUGAGGAUAAGUCGACCGUAACACGACAAAAGAAACAGCUGCGAGCUUGCAACACGGUGAGGUCCAUAUGCUCCAUGGGACAGCAAGCUUCAAUGCUUACACGACUUGCUACUCCUCCAUCGCACCUCCCUGGGUAUGUCCAUUUGGGGAACGGAUCAGACUGGACAACUUCUGCAUUGCUGUGUGCAGGCCUUGAAUCCAUCACCCUGCCAACUCGAUUCGGCGCUGGAGCUCCCAAGAGAAGUAAUUUGAGCUUUCUUGAAGACACAUUAAACACUAAUGGCAACCAAAAUUUAUUCGAGCUUCAGGCGACCAUUACCAACACACAACCCAACCCAAACUCACCACAGAAUGGAAACCGCCCUGCACCACCCAAUCCAAGUAACCAAGAGGCCCAGCAGGAUGCAUUUCCGGAACCUUCGCACUUAGACAUUCACUACUCGCCGGCAGUCGAAGAGAGUUCGGCGGCACAACGAUCCCAUGUGUUUGCACAGAUAGAAUGCGAUCGCGACAGGCUUGAGUCCAGUAGCCGGACUGCGACCCUUACACCGGAUGAACGGUUACGGCGACGACUAAACGAGGAAAGUGUGGUUGAAGUGUGAGUUGAAAACCUAUUUUGCCUUGACCAUGAUUUGUCGGUUUCCAUUGUGUCAUGCAGCCUUUACAAUCACCUCAUUGAGGAAGAGGAGCCGGGAUGAGAUCUUUCACACUAACGUCCGCGUAGCUUUCAAACCGGUCUCCAGUUCCCACUGCUGGAUAGCUUCCCGAGCCGACUCUUCCAGACCAGCCCGCAAGACAACAGCCACGGACUGGAUAUUGUGGCUGCCCUCACCUGUACCUCGAAAAUGCAACAUAAGCUUCUAGAUCUCAGAAAUGAGACAUUUCGGCUAAUAGCCUUGGACGAGCGCGAAGCUGUUUACAAUGAUCUCACCCAGCUGUCACAAAAUUACAGUAUUGGGUGGGACAGUGGAUCAGAUUCUGGUGAUGACGAUCAAGGGUAAAAGAUAACUUUCACAGAUAAAAACAAAACAAAUCUGGCGUGGAGUAAAACCGGGCGGUCGACCAGGUGAAGGCGAAGGCCGAAGGGACUACUCCGUACAGUCGGGCACACGUGUGAUGCCAAAAUGCCAAUACCAUGGCAGGUUCCGAACCGAGUCGUUUUACUCUUGGAAGGAUCACCUGAACAAGUUUUGGCGAGACGUCGGCUUGUGCCUUGUUGGCGUGCCUUGGAUUGUGGUGUCCCUCCCCAAGUGCUAGGAACCAAGUACACAAAUCCUCCACAACUUGUUCGAAUAUUGGGAAUUAUUGUCUAUGGCUCAUAUGCAUCCAUCAUUCCAUAAUGCUCUUACGAGAGAAAAUAAUGUGUCUUAGAUCGAAG